GUUCUUUCUGACCUCAGACUCAGAUCUGAUAUUCCGCGUGUGGCCGUGGCGUUCUCUACACAGAGCCUUUUCCGUUUAGAAAUUCAAGAUGGCCCGCGGACCAAAAAAGCACUUGAAGCGUCUUAAUGCCCCUAAGGCAUGGAUGUUAGACAAGCUUGGGGGUGUCUAUGCCCCACGGCCAUCUACUGGUCCACACAAACUCAGGGAGUCUCUUCCCUUAGUUAUCUUCCUGCGUAAUAGGCUGAAGUAUGCCUUGACCAAUAGUGAAGUCACUAAAAUUGUGAUGCAACGUUUGAUCAAGGUUGAUGGUAAAGUGCGCACUGAUGCAAAUUACCCUGCUGGUUUCAUGGAUGUCAUCACAAUUGACAAAACAAAUGAGUUCUUCCGUCUGAUUUAUGAUGUUAAGGGUAGGUUUGCUAUCCAUCGUAUCACCUCAGUUGAGGCUAAGUACAAACUGUGUAAAGUCAGACGUGUACAGACUGGACCUAAAGGCAUUCCUUUCCUUGUCACUCACGAUGGUAGAACUAUACGUUAUCCUGAUCCAGUAAUCAAGGUGAAUGACACUAUCCAGUUGGAAAUUUCAACUGGAAAAAUUCUUGACUCCAUCCGAUUUGAUACUGGAAAUCUCUGCAUGAUCACUGGUGGAAGAAAUUUGGGUCGUGUUGGUACUAUUGUCAACCGUGAACGUCAUCAAGGUUCGUUCGAUAUUUGUCACAUCAAAGAUGCACAAGGCCACGUCUUUGCCACAAGGCUGCACAAUGUAUUUGUUAUUGGCAAGGGUCUGAAGCCAUACGUCAGUUUGCCAAAAGGCAACGGUGUUAAGCUCACAAUUGCCGAGGAACGCGACAAGAGAUUAGCAGCCAAAGGAGUAAACUAAUGUAAAUUUUCACUAAAAAAAACGAAUAAACCGAGUUUUACUUGGU